AUGGAACCAGAUCAAUAUGCGAGGAUUCCGCUAGGCGUCGGUGCUCUGUCUUUGUUGGACACCGACCUGUGCAAGUUGACGAUGCAAGCCGCUGUUCUCGAGUACUUCCCGAAUGUUCCGGUAGCAUAUGAGCUCACAAAUCGCACCCCGGCGAAGAAGUUUUCAAGGGCUGCCUUUCGCUGGCUGGAGGAGGAAAUUGACCAUUUGGAUGCUCUGACCCUUGACGAGGACGAGUUGGUUUUCUUGCGGGAGGCGUGCCCGUUUCUAAAACCGGCUUAUCUAGGUUUCCUCCGGACUCUGCGCCUCAAUCCCAAAGAACACGUCUUCCUUGACUUCGACCCCAAUGAUGGGGCUGAAAGUAGCGAGGAGUUGGGUUCUUUACGCCUCGUAGUGAAGGGUCCAUGGGCUCAGGCAAUCUCGUACGAAGUGCCCUUGCUAGUGCUGGUGUGCGAAGCGUACUUUCGGUUCAUGGACACUGAUUGGACGCACGAAGGGCAGGAGGAGAAGGCCUUCAGAAAAGGCAUGACGCUCUUGGAAGCCGGAUGUAAUUUCGCAGAGUACGGAGCACGAAGGAGACGAGACUGCCUGACACAAGUUCUGGUCCUCCGGGGCCUGGUUCGAGCUAAGGAAAGGGGAUAUGAAUUGGGCCUCUCCGGUUCAUUCUCAGGUACGAGCAAUGUGCGACUGGCCAAGAAGUUCGGACUGAAGCCAAUGGGGACCGUGGGUCAUGAAUGGUUCAUGGGUGUUGCCGCUGUUGUCGACGACUACAGGACUUCGACAGCUUUAGCACUCCGUUACUGGCUUGACUGCUUCGGCGAGGGCAUAUGGAAAGUUGUGCCGACGGACACCUUUGGCACUCCAGCAUUCCUUGAGUCCUUCGCACAACCCAUGGAGACAACAUCGCGCUCUUCGCCGAGAAGAGACGGGCUCAGUCCCGCGCGUGUCGAGUCUCCGAGACUCGCACCACGGUCAGAUUCGUUCGCCGAGGCGUUUGGCGGAGUUCGCCAGGACUCUGGGGACCCGGAAAUAUUUAUCGGCUUAAUGCGUGACUUCUAUGAUAAAGUUGGCAUCUCUGGGGACAAAACUCUGGUCUUCUCCGACUCCCUCAAUGACGACCUAUGUAUCAAGCUCAAGGAAAUGUCUGAGGCGGCCGGAUUCAAGUCAGCAUUUGGCAUUGGGACUUUCUUCACGAAUGAUUUCACAGCUUGCAUCACUGGGAAGAAGUCAACGCCCCUCAACGUGGUAAUCAAGCUCGCCUCGGCGGCCGGACGUCCUGCCGUCAAGAUCACUGAUGCAGCUGGCAAGAACGCCGGGGAUAUUGCGACAAUUCAACGGGUCAAGAGGGAGCUAGGCUACAAGGAGACUGAGUGGGAGGGCGAUGAUGAGUCCAGACGAUGGGGCGAGUGA